UGGUCAGACCCGUAGUAGAUCGGAUCAGGGGUUUGGAGUUUCGAGCUCGUGCAUUCGACGAAAAGAAAACCGUUUCAUUACAGAUCGUACAUCGUACGUCAAGUUGCAUCAGCUCUUACGAGACGUGCAAACGAGAAAAAUGGAACGUAGAUUCUUCGUGGGCGGUAACUGGAAGAUGAAUGGCACCAAGAGCGAGAUCAAUGAUAUCGUCGCGUUUCUCAAGACUGGCCCACUCGAUCCCAAUGUCGAAAUUAUAGUUGGCGUUCCAUCAAUAUACCUCACAUAUGUAGCCUCCAUCGUCCCCAGCAACGUUAGCGUAAGUGCACAAAACACAUAUAAAGUUGCUAAAGGAGCAUUUACCGGUGAAAUUAGUCCGGCUAUGCUCCUAGACAAUGGCAUUCCCUGGGUGAUUCUUGGCCAUUCCGAGCGUCGAAACGUGUUUGGCGAAACUGAUGACUUAAUUGCCGAGAAGAUUGCACAUGCCUUAGAAGCUGGAUUAAAAGUGAUUGCAUGUAUAGGUGAGAAAUUGGAGGAACGCGAAGCAGGAAAGACCGAACAAGUAGUUUAUGGUCAAAUCAAGGCAAUAGCGGAUAAAAUUAAAUGUUGGGACAACGUGGUUUUGGCUUACGAACCAGUAUGGGCGAUCGGUACAGGUAAAACUGCGACCCCGCAGCAAGCGCAAGAAGUUCAUGAAAAAUUACGAGAAUGGCUGUCAAAGCAUGUCAAGUCCGAGGUUGCGCAAACUCUUCGAAUUAUUUACGGUGGUUCUGUGACAGCAGCCAAUGCCAAAGAUUUGGCAAAGGAGAAAGACAUCGACGGAUUUUUAGUUGGUGGCGCAUCGUUAAAGCCAGACUUUGUACAAAUUGUCAACGCUCGUUGUUGAACAUGUGUCACAUGUUGGUAUUAAUCAGACAAAUAGAUGUAUAAUUUUAAUAAGACUACAUCAAUUGGAAUUUAUUCGUAUUAGAAUUACAUACAAGUUAUGUAUUUUUUUUCGAAUAUAUGUAAAUAAAAUUGUAUGUUUAAA